UCAGUUAGCUGAAAAUACGUAAUGUCACUGACAAUUUAAAGGAAAUUACAAAAAGAAAAAUGAAGACGAAGAAGUCACGACGAGCUUACGAAGAAAGAAGACCAGAAAAGUAGCGAAAGAAGAAAGAAGCCGUUUCACAUCUCUUCCCUCCAUUUUAUAUAUUUCUGUAAAUUCCAAAACCCUAGGCUUCUUUGUUCUUUUUCUUUUUUUUUUAUUUGUAUUUUUCAUCUUCUGUAAUUAGACUUAGCGUCGAUGAUAUUGUUGCCAUAUGCCAUUAGAUACUUAUCAACUCUCCGUCUUUUCAAGUUUCCAAGAAAAUAUAGUGAUCCGAUGAUUCUUUCACUUGCGUAGAUUUUCUUGGAAAGAUUGAUCCUUUUUCUUUGUUGUCAAUUCUUUAUUUUUGAGAUUUUGAGAUUUAACAGUGGGAGGGAUAGAGAGUGAAAAAUGGAGGGAAUGGGGACGAGUUCGAAGAUGGAAGGAUCUUCGGCCCCAGCGAGUCGGCGAGACCCCUAUGACGUGCUGUGCGUUUCGAGAGACUCCACCGAUCAGGAAAUCAAAACUGCCUAUCGAAAACUCGCUCUCAAGUAUCAUCCUGACAAGAAUGCCGCCAAUCCUGAGGCUUCUGAACUUUUCAAGGAGGUUGCAUAUUCUUAUAGCAUCUUAUCUGACCCAGAGAAGAAAAGGCAAUAUGACAGUUCAGGGUUUGAGGCGCUUGAUGCUGAUGGCAUGGACAUGGAAAUUGACUUGUCUAAUCUUGGUACUGUCAACACAAUGUUUGCAGCUUUAUUCAGCAAGCUGGGUGUCCCUAUUAAGACUACGAUUUCUGCUAAUGUUCUCGAAGAAGCUUUGAAUGGUACUGUUACUGUCAGACCCCUUCCAAUUGGAACAGCAGUUAGUGGAAAGGUAGACAAGCAAUGUGCCCACUUCUUUGGUGUAACAAUCAAUGAGCAACAAGUGGAGGCUGGGAUUGUAGUGAGAGUUACGUCAACUGCACAGAGCAAAUUCAAGUUACUCUAUUUUGAACAAGAUGCAAGUGUUGGUUAUGGUUUGGCAUUACAGGAAGAUAGCGAGAAGAAUGGUAAGGUGACAUCUGCAGGGAUGUACUUCUUACAUUUUCAAGUGUACAGAAUGGAUUCAACUGUGAAUGCGCUAGCAAUGGCUAAGGACCCUGAAGCUGCUUUCUUUAAAAGGUUGGAAGGUCUUCAACCCUGUGAGGUCUCAGAACUAAAAGCUGGAACUCAUAUAUUCGCCGUUUAUGGAGAUAAUUUUUUCAAGACUGCUACAUAUACAAUUGAGGCUCUUUGUGCAAAGUCAUAUGAAGACACAACAGAGAAGCUCAAGGAGAUUGAGGCUCAGAUUUUAAGAAAGAGGACCGAGCUACGUCAAUUUGAGACAGAAUACAGAAAGGCAUUGACACGCUUUCAAGAAGUGACCAAUAGAUACAACCAGGAAAAACAGUCUGUGGAUGAGCUACUGAAACAGCGAGACAAUAUUCAUUCGUCAUUCUCUGUAUCCAAUAGUAGCUUGAGUAGCAGUAUUAGUUUUAGUAAUGGCAGUAGUAGCAAAUUUGUUGGUGAAGAUUCAAAGGCAGAGAGUCCUGGGGAAGAUGGAAACUCAGAUGGCAAGGAUAAAUCAUCGAAAAAGAAAUGGUUCAAAAGGAUCUGAUAAAAAGCUUGGUUGAGAAGGUGUUUGGCCUAUUCAGUUUUAUUGAUUGUUUGAAGAUUCCAUCCUUGCAUUAAGAUGUUUGGGCCUCUAGGUUUUGCUGCUUCAAAAGGCAUGCAUUGCAUUCCAUGUUCAAUUUCUCUCUCUAAACCUUCACCAAGGUUUUUCAUUACGGGUUUUACAAUUUGGUUGUAAAAACAUUUGAAGAAGUAUGUGUUUUAAUAUCUUUUGUAUCCAUGAUGCCAUCGAGGGAGUUACUUGUCCUCCAAGUUCAUCUAGCAUCCUGAAGGACCCGAGCAUAUAAGUCUGAAACUGAGAUGGUAUAUUCAUUCAUUUGGUUUAUGUUGUAAAAAUGACUUUUUCACUUGUUUUAGCAUCUUCUUCUAAUGAUAAUGUGUACCAAGGUAUGUGUUGUCACUUCUA